CGCCCACACAAGCCCGGUCUCUGUCAUCUGCUGUGUUUCUGGUCAUUUGCCUGCAUCUGCUUUUUAAGAAAAUGUCAAAAACGGUCCUGCACGUGUGCACGUGUAUUUCGGGGGUACAUCUGCCCACCUGCGGUUGCGCAUUCCCACGCAGAGCCGAGGGGGACCGAGUGCAUUUUGGCCAGACCAGGCCACUUUGAUACGCUACCUAUAAUGUGGCUCGUGUUUGCGCGUCCAGGUCACGCGGGCUCGCGCGUUCCACUUAGGUUCUCGGUGGGUUUUCGGGGUGGGUUUGGGAAGCAGAAGUGUGAGCGAUGCUGAUGCGGGUGGGACGGACCCCGAAGAAGGUUCCACAGGGUAAACGCACGGAGCAAGCUACGAAUUCUGCGGGGCUGUGGGCUGGGGCUGGGAUGCUGUGCCGGGGAGAGGCGAAAGCCAGGACGCGCAAGCUCAGACGCCCGAGUCCCCCGCCACGGAGUUACCCACUUCGACCCCCGCGGGGGUCCCCGAGAGCCCGCUUGGGCUGGCCGGGGCGCGCGGAUCUGGGACUGGUUCCCAAGUGGCGGGCCCUGUGCCUCCUCCAGCCCGCAGAGUGCGCAGCGCGUCCGGCCGGAGCGCAGCCGCCGUCCCCGCCGUCCUCGCUGCCACGGCCGCCGCGGGGACGUCAGGGUCCCGGCGCAAGGGGACGCCGCCCCGCCUCUGCCCGCGGCGGCCCUCAGCUCUGCGGGAAUCCGGCCGGCGCCGCAGCCACCGCGGCCGGCCGGGAGGAGGGAGGCGGCGCGCACCGGCCGGCCGGGGAGAAGUUUGUUGGCCCGGAACCAAGCGCGCCACCGCGCAAGCCAGCUCCUUUGAAGCAGGCGGGCAAUGAAGCUUAACCUUACCCCAGCGAGGUCUUGGAGGGCUCUGGAGCCGGUCGAGUGGGUGCGCAGGUUACCCACAGGGACUCCACUGCGUGGGAGGCGAGGGGGGUGAACGCGUGGUAGUGGGUCUCGGGGGACAGUGGACUCGGCAGUAGAAAGGAUCGGACCCAGCUGCUGAAAAUGUGUACUUUUAAUAGAACCAUCCAGGAACUGCGACAGUGGGUGAUGUGAGACCUAGCUCGAGGCUGGGAAAUGGAAGGGUAACAGAAAUAAAUUGUGCUGCCUCCUCCCACCCCAUCACCAAUUCAGAGACUACUUAACUUCCAACCUCUCCUUGGAGAGGAGGGCUGAGGAGCAAAAAGAUGUGAGGGUGGUAGAGGCGCUUUAGAGAAAUUUACAUCUGCCCGCUCCUCACCCCCAAGAAAGCGAGCUAGUGAAAGCAACACUCCCGCACAAACCAAGGCCUAGGGUUUGUUCUCUGAGAGAAGGGAAAGAAGGCUGGCUCGAUAAGGGUGGCCUUCAGGUUCUCCUGAGAAGGCCAGCAAAGCUGCAGGGCCCUUUCUAAGUAGAGAGCUCUUCACCAGGCGCCUGCAAAGGAGCAGCUGGGACGUCUACGUGUUUUCAUGGCGCAAACUGUAAUUUCCCAGUCCUGAGACAAACGGACAGGAUUCGCUGAGGGAUAAUUGUUCAGGGCACAAAAGAGGAGGUAGCCACCGGGGUUAGAAAACUCAUUCUCCCUCCAGGAGAAAAUGUUGGAAGUGACUGCCAGGUGCUUUCAUGUGGUUUUGACCAGGAUGAUUUCUGCCCGUGUCCUGAAAAAAGAAAUUCGUGAUAAUAGAGCAGGGAGAACGGCUCCAUAUGGACAGAUCUGUGGUCCUUGGUUCCCAUGGUUUCAAGGCACAAUGAAGCACACUGGCUCUUGGAAACUGUGGACUUGGGUGGCAAUGGUCCUGCUUCCUGUUUCCACUUGUGUGACUGUCAGGGACAAGCCAGAAACAACUUGCCCUGUACUGAGAAUGGAGGGAUAUCAAGACAACAGAAACAAACUUGAAGUUUCCGGCUUUGAUCUAGGAGAAAGCUUUGCUCUGAGGCAUGCAUUUUGUGAAGGUGAUAAAACCUGUUUCAAAUUAGGAAGUGCACUGCUUCUCAGAGACACUAGCAAGGUAUUUCCCAAAGGCCUUCCUGAGGAGUACUCUGUAGCAGUCACGUUUCGAGUACGAAGAAGCACCAAGAAGGAGCGGUGGUUUUUAUGGCAGAUUUUAAACCAGGAGCAUAUGCCACAGAUUUCUAUAGUGAUUGACGGCACAAAGAAGGUGGUAGAAUUUAUGUUCCGAGGUGCUGAGGGAGAUCUGUUGAACUAUGUUUUUAAGAAUCGAGAACUCCGUCCUCUCUUCGAUCGUCAGUGGCAUAAACUUGGCAUUGGUGUGGAAUCCCGAGUCCUUUCUCUCUACAUGGACUGUAAUUUAAUCGCAAGUCGGCACACAGAAGAAAAGGACUCUGUGGAUUUUCAUGGAAAGACCGUUAUUGCUGCGCGAGCUUCCGAUGGCAAACCCGUGGAUAUUGAACUUCACCAACUCAUAAUCUCGUGCAAUGCAAACUUCUUAGCUGAAGAAUCGUGUUGUGAUGUAUCCGUUACUAAGUGUCCUGAGCAAGACAGCUUUGGAAGUACCACUUCAUCAUGGGUGACCAGUCACGCUGGUAAAAUGUCUUCAUAUCUGCCAGGAAAGCAGGAACUUAAAGACCCAUGCCAGUGUAUUCCAAGCAAGGAGGAAGCAGGAUCACCAGAAACUCUGGGCUCCAUUGGUCAUAAGGGGGACAAAGGAGAACCGGGUGAAAAUGGCUUACAUGGUAUUCCAGGCUUACUUGGUCAAAAGGGAGAACAAGGACUUGAAGGCAUCAAAGGAGAAAUUGGUGAAAAGGGUUUGAAAGGUGACUUGGGUCCUCAAGGUCCACCUGGCCCAAAAGGAGAAAAGGGUGAUAUGGGACCUCCUGGGCCACCAGCCUCAACUGGCUCCAUAGGGAUUCAAGGCCCCCAAGGUCCACCUGGAAAAGAAGGGCAGAGGGGAAGACGAGGGAAAACAGGACCCCCAGGAAACCCAGGACCUCCAGGACCACCAGGACCUCCUGGGUUACAAGGACUGCAACAGACUUUUGGUGGAUAUUUCAACAAGGGAACUGGUGAGCACGGAGCUGGUGGCCCUAAAGGAGAAAAGGGUGACUCUGGGCUGCCAGGAUUUCCAGGGUCUGUUGGCCCUAAAGGGCAAAAAGGAGAACCCGGGGAGCCUUUAACAAAAGGUGAAAAGGGAGAUAGGGGAGAACCCGGCCUGUUAGGACCACAAGGCAUAAAGGGGGAACCUGGAGAUGCCGGUCCCCCUGGUUUAACAGGAAGCCCAGGGCUCAAGGGUCAGCAAGGACCUGCAGGUUCCAUGGGGCCCAGAGGACCACCAGGAGAUGUCGGAUUGCCAGGAGAACAUGGUAUCCCAGGGAAACAAGGCAUUAAAGGAGAGAAGGGAGAUCCUGGUGGGAGGCUAGGCCCUCCUGGACUUCCAGGUCCAAAGGGUGAUGCUGGGCCUCCAGGGAAAAGCCUCCCAGGAAAACCAGGAUUAGAUGGAAAUCCUGGAGCACCUGGUCCACGUGGACCAAAGGGUGAAAGAGGACUGCCAGGUAUCCACGGCUCCCCAGGGGACACAGGUCCACCCGGGAUAGGAAUCCCUGGCAGGACAGGCUCCCAAGGACCAGCAGGAGAGCCAGGUAUUCAGGGUCCUCGAGGUCUACCUGGAUUGCCAGGAACUCCGGGGACCCCAGGGAAUGACGGAUCUCCAGGGAGAGAUGGAAAGCCAGGCCUCCCAGGCCCCCCAGGUGACCCGAUCGCACUUCCUCUCUUGGGAGACAUUGGCGCCUUGCUGAAGAACUUCUGUGGCAACUGUCAAGCCAAUGUCCCUGGGCUGAAAAGCAGCAAAGGGGAUGCAGGAGGCACCGGGGAACCUGGGAAAUACGACUCUGCGGUCAGGAAGGGCGAUGUAGGGCCACGGGGUCCUCCAGGAGUCCCAGGCAGAGAGGGACCAAAGGGAAGCAAAGGAGAGCGGGGAUACCCUGGAGUUCAUGGGGAGAAAGGCGAUGAGGGUCUUCAAGGAAUUCCUGGCCUCUCAGGAGCUCCUGGCCCAACUGGACCCCCUGGCUUAACAGGAAGAACUGGACACCCUGGUCCCACUGGAGCAAAAGGUGACAAGGGCAGCGAGGGACCCCCUGGGAAACCUGGACCUCCUGGACCCCCUGGUGUCCCAGUCAAUGAAGGAAAUGGCAUGGGCAGUUUAUAUAAAAUCCAGGGAGGAGUGAGUGUUCCCAGUUACCCAGGACCCCCGGGCCCCCCUGGCCCAAAAGGUGAUCCUGGCCCAGUGGGAGAGCCUGGUGUGAUGGGCUUGCCAGGACUGGAAGGAUUUCCUGGUGUAAAGGGAGAUCGAGGCCCAGCAGGUCCCCCAGGAACUGCCGGCAUGUCGGGGAAACCCGGUGCCCCAGGCCCUCCAGGAGUUCCAGGGGAGCCGGGUGAGAGAGGACCUGUUGGAGAUAGAGGUUUUCCUGGACCAGAGGGACCCUCGGGGAUGCCAGGCAUAAAUGGAAAAGAUGGAUUACCAGGUGCUCAGGGCAUCAUGGGUAAACCUGGAGACAGAGGCCCCAAAGGAGAACGUGGUGAUCAGGGGAUUCCAGGAGACAGAGGUCCACAAGGUGAACGUGGAAAACCAGGCCUUAUGGGCAUGAAAGGGGCUAUAGGUCCUGUAGGGCCACCAGGAAGCAAGGGCUCCAUAGGGUCACCCGGCCACCAAGGCCCUCCAGGCUCUCCAGGCAUCCCUGGCACUCCGGCGGAUGCUGUUUCAUUUGAAGAAAUAAAGAAGUACAUUAACCAAGAGGUCCUAAGGAUUUUUGAAGAGAGGAUGGCUGGGUUUCUAUCCCAGCUGAAGCUGCCAGCAGCAAUGUUGUCUGCUCAGGCUCAUGGGAGGCCUGGCCCACCAGGGAAGGACGGGUUACCCGGACCCCCAGGAGACCCAGGACCCCAAGGCUACCGAGGACAGAAGGGAGAAAGAGGUGAACCUGGAAUUGGGCUGCCAGGGAGUCCAGGUCUUCCUGGAUCUUCAGCAGUGGGUUUGCCAGGCUCACCUGGUGCCCCAGGGCCUCAAGGACCCCCAGGACCCAGUGGAAGAUGCAAUCCAGAAGAUUGCCUCCAUCCUAUGACCCCUGCCCAUCAGCAGGGGUAGAAAAUGAAAAAACUACAGAAGGAGGAAGACUUCAUUCCUGGUGAUAUUGCCAUGCCCUUAGAGCUCUCGAUACGAGCUUCCCAAUCACGUGCUCUAGAGGCUUAUGAUUUCUGGACUGCUUUCCUUUGCUGGUCUUUUUUUUAAUUCUGAUGUUGGGCAGACAUCCAAAGCCACCAUCUGAAUCCUAUUCUGACAGUAAUUGCAAACCAGCAUUUUCAGGUGUUUCCCAACUUCGUUCCGUAUGUUUUGCUUUACUGUGGCUCUGAGUUCUACUCAGUUUCAUGUGAAAAAGGCAAGCAAGCUUGUCACCGCUUCUUCAGAAGUCACAUGACGUGAUUUGGUACCCAGACGACAUACACUUCAUAAACUCAUCUGCAUGAUUAGACUUUGAUUUCUGAACUUUAAUUUUUCAAGUUUAUCUUGAUAUUUUCUUCAUCUUUCAAUUUACUGUUGUUGCUUAACAUUUUCAUUCUGCUCUUUUGAGACUGAGACAGUGCAUUACUACUGUUGACUGUUUGUUCUAUGACUGAUUUUCACAAGAAGUCUUAUACCAUCCUACAUUCAUUCUAUUUAUGCAGAAAAACAGGCAAUAAGAGAUUCACUUUUCAUUUAUUUUUCAAAAAACAAACCAUGGGAGCUCUUUAUCAGGGAGCCCCCAAACUCAUCAUUGCCAACUGCUGAAAUGGUUUUGUGGCUUCCUAGCUGUGAGCUCCGUUUGAAGCACUCCUCACGAACAUAUGCUACAUGAAAAUGGAAGACACCAGCUGACCCUGUCAGUGAGUCUCCGACAGAGAACAGAAAGUGGUUUUCCCUAAGAGGUGUUUGGUGGCAAAGGCAAAGCACCAGUCUUUGGUACAUGGUGAGCUUUAGGAGCCUGGCAAGACCUUGGUGCUCUUUGAUGCAUUGUUCUUCUGACUCUGUGAUCCCCAGACCCACCAUCGGAGCAAAGCACGGGGUUUGUAAGGACUGGAACAGUGCAAAGUGAGGAUGACGUGUCAACAAAUACAUGCAAGUACGUGAAGCACACAUGGUCCUAAGGAGAAUACCAUUUUCUCAGGAGCUCCAGAAAGAGGUCGAGUUCAAUAGAAGAAAGCCAGACCCACCACGUGAAAAUCACUACAUGCUUCAAAACCCUAUGUUCUGGUUUUGGAGAUUUAGCUUAGUGGUAGAGGGCUUUUCUGGCAAGCUCAAGGCCUUAGGUUUGGUCCUCAGCUCUGGGGGGGGGGGCAGAAAUUAAAAUAAAAUAAACCAAACAUAUACUCUGAAAGGAAGCAAAAUUCCAGUGGACUUAACUGAAUUACCCAACAGUAUUUUUUACUUCCUACCUAUUCAUUGUUUGGAGAACUUUUUGUGGGAAACAACUGAUUUUCUAGACUAUUCAGCACAAGGAUGUUGCGGGGAUCUAGCUGGUUGGAUCCCACAGAAGCUGAACACGUGCCACCAGAGCCCUCUGGUCACAGAGACAAGUUCACACCUCAAGGAACAGCACAUAUUCCACAGGACAGGGUGAUGUCUUCUGUCUAUUAAUCGAAACAGACAAUGGGUUUAGAAAAGCAAGCCCACAGAGAGUGGGCAGAGCUGUGAAUGGUUUUCCUGGGAAGCAUGCCUGAUAUAAGGCAGAGGUUGUUUAAAUGCACCCAUGAUUUGAACAGGUUUUCACUGACAAAUAGAUGAGCUGCUGGCCAGGUACUGUCAACAUGGCUGUGCGUAAUAUAGCUUUUUGGGUAUUUAAUAUUGAGUUUGGCUGUAUAUUUCCAUCCAAGUUUAUUUAUUUUCCAAGUCUACUUUAUUUAUUCUUCAUGUUUUAAACAUUAUAUUGCUUAUUCCUUUAUUUUCUUUCUUAUGCAAUACUUGCAAUGGUGCUGUGUUUUAAAAUCACAAAAUUAGAAUAUGCAAACAUUUGCAUAUGUAUCUUCAUAAUCACAUGAUAAUCUACCCCCAAAAUGUACAUAAGGUGAAAAGAUGGUGCUAUAUGUAUAUUUUGAGCUUUCGAUUUGUUAAAUUUUCUGAAAACUUACAACUUACCUGGCACAUAUUAAUUUACUUGAAUUUGCUGUAAAGCUAAGACUUUUAUAUGUUUUCAAAGAUUAUUUUUCAUAUUAAUUGACUGGUUAUUUAUCCUUUUGCCUUUUGGCUUACACAAAAACUAUUUAUUUUAUAGUUUUAAUAUUUUCAUGGACAUUUGGCUGGUGAUCAAUGCAUUUGGGGGUUUUUUAGUUGAUCAGUUCAUAUGUAUAAAAAGAUGCAGUUCAUUUUCUUGCUUGGUAAAUUGCAUCAUUUACAUUCACUUCAGGUCCACAGAACAGAAAGCUUUCUUACAAAUUGUAUAGAAUUCUUCCUUUAUUCUUCUUCCUUUUUCCAAUUUCUGUGAAUGUAUGACUGACUUAUUCCUGUUUCAAGGAUUUAUAUUUGAUCACAUGACUUGAGGAGUGUAGGGGAUAAAUAUGUUACAUGAUGUAUAUUGAGAAGAGGCCUGUCACCAUGAUUCAAGUUCAUUUUUUAAAAACUGGGACAUGUGACUAAGUCUGACAUGACUAGAGAGCUGGGACUGUACUUCAAUAGCACAAACCCUCAACCCACUGUUAUUUAUCUUGAAAGCUGUUUUUUUCUGUCUCAGUUCUGUUCAUAACAAAGGGCUACAAGGUCUAGCUAAUAUAACAAAGAGAUUGGCAGGUACUCAACCCUUCAAUAAAAAUAAACAGGAUAAUUUGGUCCCCAAAGUAGGACAGGAAAUGUUCCUCUAAAUAACCAUUUAUUUCAUUUAAAAAAAAAAAGCUGUUUACUUCAGGUGUUAUCUUUAGCAAAGGAGAAGAAUUAUUAAUUUUCUCUCAUUUGUACUACAGAUAUGUUUUAAAUACAAAAUAAUUACAGACCAUGAUGACAAUAUUAAAACUGUUUUUUUUUUUUUCAUAAACAAGGAUUUUAGAAUUCAAGUUCUAAAUUUUAUGCCAGUUGAGUUAGGGCUAUUCUCAGUUCAUUUUUCUGGCUUUUGAAGUCAAAAGAAAGAGAGUGACCUGGGCAUGCGCACACUGUUCUUGCCAACUGAAAGCACUGACCAGUACCUCCUACCACAACAGAAGCACAGUCAGUCUUGAGUUUUUCAUCUUCUUACCUUGAUCAGAGAGCUGUUGAAUGACUUUAACCUCGUGUGCUUUUUUUCUGUCUUUCAUGAUAUAGUUGAAAAUUAAAGAUUUGCCUAUUUAUGAAGCUUAACGAAUUAUUUCAUGAUAUACUGCCUAGACAAAUUACCAUCCGAUGUUGAGUUUAUAAAGUAAUCUCAAUGGCUAUGUCUUAGACUUUAAAUAUGGUUUAGUUCUUCUGCUAAGCUCUUCUGUGGCCUCUCUCAUUUCUGAGAAACUUAUUAUAUACCUCCUUUUGUCCACAAGAUGGUGUUGGAGGCAAUUUGUUCAGAACGGAACAGACUCACAGAAGUCUAAAACCUAGAAAAGUCUGGUGGACGCUUAAGUCAGACAUUGGCCUUGGCACUUUCUUUGUUUUGUAAAUAGUCUUUGUAAACUAUAUUUCAUUUAAUUAAUUUGUGGGGUUUUUUUUUUUCAGAAUUUUCAGUAUCUUCGUGAGGCAGGCACCAUAGCAUUUGGCUUGUGGGUUGUUUCAUUUUUAUUUAUUUAUUAUGUAUAUACCCAUAUGUGACAUGCAAAUUUGCCAUAAGGUUGUCUUAUGCUACUCUUGUAUUUUAAUGACUAAUGUGCACACACCUAAGUAUGCAUCCUCCCCUGCAGACAGGGCAGAUAUUCUUUUGACAGUGAAACACAUUUAGCUUAACACAAGAAGUAGACAAGUUAUACAUUACACAAUGUCUAAACUCCUUAUUGCUCAAGAUAAAUUUUGCAAUUAAAUUUGUACAAUGUCUAUUUUUCUAGAAAUAUGUAGUGACAAAAAAAGUAAGAAAACUGAUUUUCAAAAUGCCAUCUUUUUUCUAAUGUUGGUAAUACUGGAAGCAGGUGCAGUGAUAUUGAUGUUAUUUAAAUGACCUAAGGAAAAGUUGAACAGACUUGACACUUGCCCUUGUUCUCAAAUUAUUUUCUGCACUUGUCUGGACAUAUCUACUGUGUGAAGACACACAGGGUUUUCUCUCCUGGCUUUGGAAUACAGCAUACACUCCCUUUUUCUUCCAUUCCUCUCCGAGAUUAAACAGACCCCAGUGAGGAGAUUCAGAAGAGUUUAAAUAGUACCCUUUAAGCCGUGAGCGUUAGUGUCAUGGUGUAGCUCAUUGACUUGUAUUUCUUCAUCAGUCAGUGUGUAAAGUAGCAUUUGUUGCAUUAAAUUUGUUCAAUGAGUGGGAGUUACAGGAAACAGGAAAAGAGGUGGUUUCUGUUUUUAUUUACUGAUGUAACUGGAGCUAUCAUGUCAACAUUCCACUGAACAAAACCAUGUAGAAAAUGGCAUCAGUUUGGUUGGAGUGAAUGAAGCUCCAGGCAGACACAGAGAACACUAAUUCAGACAAGCAGACCAGCAAGAAAAUAAUUCUCCAAAAGACAAGGUGAAACUUAGUCCAGCAAGGAGCAGCUCCAUGGAAAAAUUUUCAAGUUUAAUUCCGGUAGUGAUAUAUGGUGUGAGUCAAGAAGUCGGCUACUUGCUUCAUAAAUUUGUCCAAAGUGAAUGCUAGUAAUGUAGGCAUCACUAAACUUAGGGCUAACUACUGAAAUUUUAACACAAGGCUGGGUGUUGCUUGACGAUAAUAAGUUUACGAGCAUAAGGAUGCAAUUUUACAACUUUUUAUUUUGCUGUGGUACUUACGGUGUAUUUAAAGGAUAAAUACUUGUGGUGAAUUUGCAUUCAGAUUGUGUUAUGGAAUAUUUUAUAACUAUUUAUUUUUAAAAUAACAUUUAGGAGGUAUUUUUCUCCAUUUUGUUUGUUCACUAUCUUACCUCAUCAGCUAUUUAAGGUUUAUUUUAUUACACUCACAUUAAGUGAAAUGCUACUCACUUCAUUAUAAAUUCCAGUGAAUAUACGCUUGCAGACCUUGGUUCCUCUAGCUUCAUUAUGCGUCAUGAACGUCUUACCUCUUUCAGCAAUAAAGGAAUCGACUCUAAAUCGGGGAACUCUAAGGGGCAAUUCUUAACACGGUGUCUAUACUUUAGGCCUCAGUAGCCGAAGGUCCACUCCAAUUCCAUUCUGUUAGGUCUUGGCCACUCUGAGACUUCACAAUCACUCUCAACCCAAGAGCAAGCUCCACAGCCUCCAGGGAGCCUGAGACUGGUCUACUAGGAGGCUAAUAUUUCUACCACACUGGUGCUCACAGUUUGAGUUUGUCAUCUGCCUCCCUUGGAGCCUAUGAAAAGCCUGGUAUAUUGAUUUCAGAUGAGAAUUACAAACAGAAACAAAAGUCAGAGUGAGCCCACAAUGAUGCUCUCUUCUAACAGAGAUUAAAAUCAAGUUAGACUCUGCUAGAGAGAACUCUUAGAAAGCUAAGAAGCGUCAUGAUUAACGUUCCUCAUAUAAUAAGUUCCUUAGAGUGGCAAUAACUAUUUAAAUACACAAUGUGUUUUCUAACAGAAAUUAAUUAAUUAAAAUAUGUCAGUGGCUUUAAGUGUCUAGAUGGACUAGCUAAUGACUUCAAGAGUUCUUAACUACUCUUACCUUCAUAUUCCCUUAUUAAGUGGGUGCUCUCUAAAUAAUAUUGUUGCCUUCUCAUAAGCAACUGUGAACUUGGAGACCAAGUAAAAACAUGCCAAAAUAAACUUGAAAAGAAGACACAAAUCCCAAAAAGUUUCUUGGAGUCAUUUUCCCCAUUUGUUCUCUUCAGUUACUAAGGUAGCAUGAAAGACAACACACAGAAGCAUGGGAAACAGAGUUAACAUGAAUUGCCAUUUGUUAAGACUACAAAUGUCUAUCAGACAGCAUCCUCUUUCCAAUAACCAGAUCUGCCAAGCAUGUUACAGUUCUUUGGAUAAUCUUCUAAGUACCAUUUGAGCACGUGUAUUAAUAUACAGUAUUAUAACCAGCCAAUUUGUACGUAAUAUUUGCUGAGACAUUGGUACUUAAUGUUUGGCAUCACAAGUUCACUAAAAACAACUUAAGUCAUAACUGAAAAGUAUAUAUUUAAACGAUAACCUGUAAGUCUUAAGCACAAAUAUUAUCUUACAGUUUUAAGAUUGUAUAUGGCCAUUUUCCAUUUGUACUAAAAUAAGUAACUCACUAUCAUUUCGUUUUUAUUGCUCCUUUUAUACUCCCUUUCCCAGGGUUACCAACAUGUUUAAAGUAAUUCUCUUGAUAUUUGGGAUUAUUUGUGUCAUGAGAUAUUUUCCACCAAUAUUGGUUCACUUUAAACCUGGAGAUUUUAUACCUCAAAAACAUUAUAUCUCCAAAAUUGAAUAAUUCAACCGCAGGUGAUCUCCAAAGCAGGGAUUAAAAUUAAGCACAUUUGGAGUCAGAUCUAAUAAUGUUUAAGGAUAGCAAUAUUGGUUCAACCAGCUUGAAAUAUAAAGUAUUUCAUGUCGGUCACCAAACGAUAUGACUACUCAUUCAUACUUUUCUGACAGACAGAAAAUAAUUACCCAAAAUCCUUCAGCGAAUUUAUGUGCUCAGACUGGAAAAUGGUUUUCAUACUUCUUAACUAACCUGUUGGCUAUCUGGAGUAAACAUCAAAUCAUACCUCCACGGGAGCACUGAGUAGAAAGAAAUCAGAAAUUAUUUGCUCUUGACUAAUGUGCCCGUUUCUGAGCAACUUCAAUUACCUACACAUACCCCUCUUGACACGUUCUCUGAUGGACACUAUCCAACUUUUAAAACCAUAUCGAAGGAGAUAUGGAGAUCUCUGUUCUGCUGGGGAUGCAUCCCAGGUCUGCCUGGGUUUAGCAGCUGUCUUUCAUGGAGAGCAUUCACUAGGCACUUUUCUUUGCAAGUUUUUCAUCAAAUAUUAGUGCUUCUGUAAACAUUUUAUUUAACUGAAAUAGACAGUGGGUUGGUUGUUCCUGCCAUUUGGGAUGUGCUAGCUUUGCAUAAGCUGUCUGUAAGUGGCUGUCCCCAACAUUACUUAUUGUAUCUUGUGGAUCUUGUUGUACAGCCUGGAUAUGUAUCAGGUUUGUGUAACAGUUGGGUGAACUGAUAUUUGAAAUUUUAUUUUUUUUAUUUCUUAUGAAUAUGAUGUUAGAGGACUGAAGAACAUGUUUAAUUGCUUCAUUUUCUUUCCUUGUAUUUGAUUAUGUCACUCCAAUUAAAAUAAAA